AUAAGGCAGAUCGUUUCCAGAGCCUCAACUUCAACCCUUAUAAACUCCCUGUAAUGAAAGCAAGGAUACUUUCUCCUGCAAGCCGAGCUAAGAAGGUUCUGGGUUCUACGCCAAAGCUAGACCAGAAAGUCAAAAUAAACCCCAGGCGCAUGGGAAGUUCUAUCGGAAAAGCUGACAAAAUUAAGUCAAUGGCCAAACUUAAUGCUCAGUUUUACACAAACUUUUUCACAUCAGCAGGGUCUUCUAAUAAGUGUGAUGAGAAGCAGGAAGACCAAAAGAAUCCUAAUAUGAGGUCAUCAAAGAACUCUAAGUAUCAUACAGUAAAUUCCAAGUUGAGGCAAGAGUCAACAGAUACGAACUCAAGACCUAAGAAUUCUGCCAGGAUUACCCAGUCUCCUUUGCAGUCCAAAGUUGAUCUUAUUCGGACAUGAAGCAUGAAAAAUGAGCUUUUCACAAAACUUAACCUGAAAACAAAGAUCUGUGGGAUUAGUUUAAAAUAAUUCAGAGAUGAACUCAGAGGUGGUCCAGGAUAUCCUGGCUGGGAUUAUGGAGUGUGAAACAGACCCAUAUCUCCAGCCGAUUAAUACGAAUUCCAAGCAGAUUCAAUCUAGUUUGAACAUUUUUGAUAAAGCGCAAAAGAACAUGCUGAAAUACAGCUCAAGUGGGAAAAAGGAGAGGAAUUUAUGGCAGUCUUCUCAGCAAACAAAGACUCAAAAGAACGUCUCUACUAAAGCUACGAACAACUUUGAGUCUCGCCAAGGUAGUGUGAUGCUUCAGAAGCUGAAUACUCACCGAGUAUAUAAGUCUCCUUUCACAGGGAUUCCGAGGAAAAAGAGCAGUAAAAUUAAAUCUCAUAAUCCAGACUAUGAAGGUUUCUAAGUAGAUGUAUAGACAUAUAAUUGAAUAGUGUCAUCUUAGGAAAUUUGACUCUUCCAACUAGAUAUAGCUUGGAAAGACAUUUCGAAACAUAUAUCUGGCUCCUGAAUUCUCAGUGAAUUAGCCAGAAUUUGGAAAGUUUCGAAUAGAAUACAUCUUUGCAACCCAAAUUGUUGGGUAUCAAGAAAUUUGUAAAGAAGUCAAAAAUGGCACAGAAAUUAAACUUAUUUUCUAAAAAUAGUC